CCACUGACAACAGCCUCAGAAGCGAGCCGAUUGCGGAAAAAAGGGAAGAACUUUAUUCUUUUGCAACCUCUUCCCUCUCACCACACAGCCCCACCUGGAUGACUGCUUGAAGACAAAAGUCUCUGUGACUCAGUAAAGGAAAUGGCUUCUCAUGUAGAGGGGAGCUCCAGUGAGGGUCUUCAGCCUGGAGACCCCACCAGCUCCCCAGGAACCAAGCCACAACUGGGUCCCAAACCACGGAUCACUCCAAAGCCAUUCUCUCUGCAGAAGAACACCACCAUCCGCUCAAUCCAUGCUCCAAAGACUGCUCCCACACCAGCAACAUCAUCGAAGUCAACAUCACAGCCAAACGGCAAACUUGAGGCCACGGGUGUCCCCAAAGUCGCUCUUGCCACGCAGCCCCCUAAACAAAACACCACCCAGGAUUCCAAGCUCAACUCUGUAAACAUUCACACCAAAGCCCAACCAAAGCCAGCCAAAGAAGAUAAAAUAAAUCUAGAUGAAAAGCAGACUCCUGAUCCUAGGGAUUCUCCAGCUAAUUCCAGUCUAGCAUCACGACCUGCUGCCCUUAAGAACGAUCAACCAGAUCAUCCUACCGUCCCAGAUGCAACCAAACCAGAGCCAGUCCAGACACCAGCUGUCACCCAAAGGAACCACAAAGCAUCCGCGGAUAUUUUAACUCCUUCAGAACAGAAAGAAGAAGGGGAGAAGGGAGGUGAAACUAAGACUUCAGUCACAGCUCCCCCUGUUUUACCAAAGCCUCAAAACUCAGGGAGAAACAUUUCCUCCACAGCCAGCCCAUCAGACAAUACAUCGUAUCGAUGGGGGGCAACCAGGAAGCGUCUGUCUACAGAACUCACCUCGAAGUUUGCAUCAGGCUGUCCGCCUUUGUCCUCCCAACCUGCGACCACCUCUACAACUAGUACCAAAGACGACGGAAACAAGCCAGUGACUCAGAAACCAGAGCAGAAACUGACAGCUUCAGACCCAGUAAACAGAGAGAGGGAUGAAGAUGAGCUCAAGGAGGACCGGACUGGGGGAAGCACUAUACAACGCAGAAUCAGUCUUCUUCUUGAUUCAUCAUCAAGGCCAGUCGUUGCUCCAAAGAAGGAGGAGCCAGAGAUUUUCACCCAGACUAGUAGCACAGGAGGUGUUAAAGAUCGAAUCAAAAACUGGGCAGUGGAAGCAAGUACUGAGACUGCAGGGACGGAGAAGAAGCCAAAGCCUCAACCGCGAGGCCCUACUAAGAGCCUUGACUCAGCAGCUGCUCCAGCAGAUCCGCCCACAGUGCAGAGUAAACCCACAAAGCCACCUGUUGAACUACCUGUGACAGAGAGACCAUCCACACAGUCUGCAGAUCAGCCUCCAAAGGUCUCGUUGCCUGAGCAAUCAACAGAGACACCACUGGAAACAUCUAAAGAUGCUCCUUCUGAAGAGCGCUCAACAAAGGCGCCGGGAGAGCAUGAGCUGAACAAAUCGACUGACGGUGGUGAUCGACUUCCUGACACCAGCCUGCGUGCAGAAGAGCCUAUCACUGACAACAUACCUGCCGUGAGUGAAAGCAUUUCCCUCGCUCCAAAGAGGAACAGUGCCCUGCGUCGCUCUGUUCGCUUUGGAGUGGUGGAGAGAGAUGAUGGUGGGCCUCCGGAGAUCCUGGGGUCAGAGCCGGAGUCCAGCUCAGACGAAGAGGAGGAUUCAGGGGAUAAAGCUGAGGACGAAGCCCCUGUUCCAUUUCCAGUCUAUAAAAGAGCAGGACUUCUGCAGAGGGAGGAUGGUGAGACCAAAACCCAGGGAAAAGAGGAAAAUCUGGAAGUGGAGGAUCGAAAGAGAGUUGAGGAGAAUGAGCAGGCAAGACUGCUAGAGGAGCGGAGGCAAGAAGAAGAGAGAGAGAGAGAAAGAACGAAGCAGAUGGAGGAACAAUUGAGGGAAGAGGAGAAACAGAGAAAAGAGGAGGAAGAGAGAAAGAAAGCAGAGGAGAAACUAAGAGAGGAGGAAAUGGAAAAAGAGAGGCUUAAAGAGGAGGAGAGAAAGAGAGCAGAGGAGGAAUGGCAAAGAGAAAGGAUAAAGGAGGAGGAGAGGGAAAGAGAAAGGUUGAGAGAAGAAGAGAGGCAGAGAGAAAGAAAAAUGGAGUUAAUGUGGCAGAGACAGAGAGAAGAGGAAAGAGAAAGGGCAAGGCAGGCGGAGGAACGACUUAGGCAAGAGGAGAGGGAGAAAGAAAGGCUGAGAAUGGAGGAGGAGAGGGAAAAGGAAAGAUUGCGGGAGGAGGAGAGGGAGAGAGAAAGACAGAAUGAAGAGAGAGAAAGAGAAAGGCUCAAAGAGGAGGAAAGAUUACGGAUUCUGGAAGAGGAAAGGAAGAGAUUGGAGGAGAAACAGCUAGAGGAGGAAAUGGAAAAGGAAAGGCAGAGAGAAGAGGAGAGACGGAGAGAGGAGGAAUUUGAAAGACAGAGGUUGCAGGAGGAGGAGAGGGUCAGGGAAAGGUUGAGAGAGGAGGAGAGGGAGAGGGAAAGGCAAAUGGAGUUGAUGUGGCAGAAACAGAGAGAAGAGGAAAGAGAAAGAGCAAAGCAGAUAGAGGAGAGACUCAGACAGGAGGAGAGACUGAGAGAGGAGGAGGCGGAGAAGAAGAGACUGGAGGAGGAGGAGAGACUUAGAGAAGAAGAGAGGGAGAGAACAAGACUGAGGGAGGAGGCCAAAGCCAAGGAAAUAGAGAGGGAGCAACAAAAAGAUGCAGAAAGACAGAGAGAGGAGCAGGAGAGAGAAAGGAGGGAGCUGGAGAGAAAAAUGCUGCAAGAAAGAGAAGAAGAGCUAGAGAGAGAGAGACUCAGGCAAAGGGAAAUGGAGAGACAGAGAGAGGAGGAGAGGGAGAAACAGAUGGAAGAGGAAAGGAAGAGACAGCUAGAGGAGGAAAGAGUGAAAGAGCAGGAGAGAGAAAGACAGAGGCAAGAGGAGCUGGAAAGAAAGCGAACAGCAGAAAUAGAGGAAAAGUUGAGAUUGGAAGCGAGACGGAAAGAAGAGGAGGAAAGGGAGAGAGAACGGAAAAGAGAGGAGGAGUUGAAAGAAAAGCUGAGAAUGGAGGAAGAGGAGCGAAAAUUGGAAGAAGUGAGGUUGAGUAACUUGCCCAAGGAGGAAGACAGGGAUAGAGAGAGCGCGGCGCAUGAAGCCGAACCAAAUUUAAUCAGCUUUGAUUCAGAGGACACGUCUCUCACGCCAGAAUCCCCUUCAACUCCAACUCAAAGCUACGAGCCUGCACAGAGCAAAGAGCUGAACGACGUUGUUUACGAUGACUUUUCCGUCCCAAAGCCCCUGAUUGAGGUGGUUUAUGACGAUUUUUCGGUCAAACCUCGGAGAUGGGGCUUGCAGUCCAAGGCCAGCACUGACCCUGGCCAGACUGAUGCGGCGGCUUCCUCAGUGGAUGCAGAUGUGGAGGAGCUUGUGCCCGUGGAAGACAGCCCGCCUCAGCGCGGUGUAUCAGAUCCACAGCAGGGGGAGGGGAAACCAGAUUGCCCAGAGCCAGAACCCGUCCCAGCGCAGGAGAUCCAAGUAGAGGCAGAGGAAAACUCAGAGGAGGUGGAAGAAAAGGAGGCGGAGAGAGAGGAAGAGGAGGAGAAGGAGGAGGAGAAUGAAGGGGAAGAAGAUGGCAAGCAGGAGGAGCAGGUGAAGAGUUAUGUUACAGAGGAAAAAAAUGUGGACUCCGAGGCUGUGACGGACAGUAAGCCAGACCAGCAGAAUGGAGAAUGUGAACAGACGCCUCCUGAAACCGACAGUCUGGAGCCCAUACUUGACCAGGCCCCCGAAGUCUCUCCUGAUGAUGUUGAUGCCACUCUUCCUCACACAGAGGCAGAGCUGCCUGCAUUCCCUGAAAUCUCCACUCCACUCCUGGACACUCAGGCCCAGAGAUCAAGAGCAGAGCUGGGUAAGAAGCGAAGUCAGCGAACACGUCCACCACGGUCGACCCGUCCUGGCUUGACUCUGCUCAGUCAGACAGAGGGCCCAGCCCCUGACUGGAGGACCUGCGACUCUACAGAUGGCAAUGCAGUGACAUCCAAGCAAAGGGAGUCAGACUCUGAGGAGGAACAGCCCAGACCGAAGGUUGUUUGUUCUCCUCCUUCCUCCUCGCAGAGAGUUCCUGUGUUUCCUGGGUUGAGCCCUUCUGCCUUAGUGGCUCAGCUAAAAAAGAGGGCAGGUGGAGCUGGAGCUGGAGGAAGAGAGGAAGCAGAAGUGGAGAAGGACGGUCCAAGUGAGGAAGUAGCACCAUCCCCAUCUCAGCUGUCCCGCUCUCCUCGUGCUGGCUCUCUCCUCGCAGGCGCUGCACGAGUGCUGCCCCCCCUGGGUGGCUCAGAUGGAGGGACUGCUUCCUCUCCUUUGUGGCUAAAAGAGCUGAAGUCUAAGAAGCGUCAGAGUCUGCAUAACAAUGAUUCUUAGUCAGACACAGGAGACACUGUGCUGUUGCCUGUCUGCAAGAAUCAGUCCAUCUCAGCUGCUGGUGCAGACAAACAUCUUGUCAGGCGAUUGUUUCAUUUUGCACCUCAAGUGCCUUAUCAUGAACUUUCACCAAGACAUACAGGAGUGAACAAACAGGCCAUUAAGCCCUUUUCAUUGCCUUUAAAUUUAAACUUAUCAUCAUUUUUUUCUGCAGAAUAAAUCACAGAGAUUAUGUGCCUUUCAUGUGCCAAGACUUUGAUGUGUUGAGGCCAAGCUCGUUUUAUUUACUGUUAUACAGAGUUGAGUGGGAAUGCUCCAGUACAAUUUAGAACAAAGCCAUGGACUAUCCUUUGUUACUGUCUUAUGUUUUGUUUCAGUGUCCAUCAUAUACUGGACAGGGACUGAUGAUGCUACAGCAGGUUAACUAGUUUCACAUGCACACACUCAUGAAAACGUUAAAUAACUGUACAGAAUAAUACAGAAAGACAUAUUGAUCUGUUGAACCACAAUAAUGAAUUGCAUGUUUAGUUUAAAUUGUACUAAGUGCUUUUUUGCCACUCUCUCAAGUAAACCCAUGUAGAAGCACUUUAACAACAACAGUUAAUUAAAAGCUACCUAGCUGCAGUAACAGGGUAAAGGGAAAUUUUGUCUCUCUGUGUUAUCACCUUGGUGUAUGUUGACCGGAAAGUCAAAUUCAGGCAAAUUUUAAAAUCACUAACCCAGACAAAUGUAUCACACUUUAUUAAUUUUUUUCAAUGUGCCUUUUGUCAGGAUGAGUAUCUUCAGUACUGUAAUCAUUUGUAAUCAAAAUCUGUAUGAUAAGAGGAAAUUGUGGGAAUUAUAUAAAAUUGUUUUUUUUACCAAAUGCAA